AUGGCCACCUACCACUCCACGCUACCCGCUGCUCCUAAACCUGCAUUCUUCUUGUCCAACUCUCUCUCCAAUCAGACCUUCCUCAAUAUCAGCUUGGGAAGGGCAAGUCCUAGCCAUGUCAGCUCGGUGAAGGCUGCCGCUGGAGAAUGCUGGACGAAGCAUCCUGCAUGGAGCAAUGUCCGGCAAGAACGGUGGGAGGGUCAUUUGGCCGUGGAUGGACACCGUCUCCCUACCUGGCUGAAUGGCACGUACCUAAGGAACGGGCCAGGUCUCUGGGACGUCGGCGAGCACUCGUCGGACCACAUAUUCGACGGGUACGCCACACUGGUGCGCAUCUCCUUCCGGCGAGGACGCGCCACCGGCGCACAUCGUCAGGUCGAGUCGGACGCGUACAAAGCUGCCAUGGCGCACGGCCGGCCUCUCCACCGGGAGUUCUCCCAACUGUGUCGUCCCUCCUCCAAGCAGCAGCCUGGGGGGAGCCUGCUCGAUCGCGUGUGCAACGUCGUCGGCCUCGGAAGUGGCGCUUUGCUCUCCGACAACGCUAACAUCUCCGUGCUGCCGCUCGGUGAUGGCCGGGUGAUGUGCCUCACUGAGACCACCAAGAGCUCCCUUCUGAUAGACCCGGAGACUCUCGACACGAUCGGCAAGUUUCGGUACGCGGAUAGGCUAUGGGGUUUGCUACAGACCACGCACCCGGUUGUGACAGGGGCCGAGUUGUUGACGCUGCUCCCGGACAUGGUCAUCCGCCGUGGCCAUCGUGUCGUCAGGAUGGCAGCCGGGAGCAACGAUUGGAAAGUGAUCGGGAGAGUGCACUGCCGGGGAGCAGGGCACGCACCACCGGGAUGGGUGCAUUCGUUCGCCGUCACGGACAAGUACAUCGUCGUGCCGGAGAUGCCACUGCGCUACUCCCUUACAGGCGUUCUCAAGUCUCAGCUCACACCUUGGUAUAUCUUCGACUGGCUACCGGAGUCUGGGAGCUACAUGCACGUCGUAUGCAGGUUCACCGGAAAGACCGUGGCGAGCGUGGAGGUUCCUCCGUUCAUGGCAUUACACUUCAUUAACGCAUACGAACAGAGAGAUGCGAUCAUCGCUGACUGCUGCGAGGUUGCCCGGUUCAGGAUACCACUGGAUGGUGGAACCAUGGCCAUGGGCGAGCUGGAGACUGUGCUGGACCCUGAGGUGCAUGGCCGGGGAGUGGAGAUGCCUUCCAUCCAUCCGGCUUACCAGGGUAAGGACUACCGUUAUGUUUAUGCUUGCGGCGCGCGACGGCCAUGCAAUUUCUUCAACUGCCUCACCAAGAUCGACCUUGUGGAGAAAGAGGCCAAGAACUGGCACGAGCUGGGCUCUGUGCCAUCAGAACCCUUGUUUGUGGCGAGGCCAGGGGGAACUGAUGAAGAUGACGGGGUUGUGAUAUCCAUUGUAAGCACCAUGGAAGGUGAUGGGUAUGCGCUCCUGCUGGACGCCGUGACUUUUGAAGAAAUUGCUCGAGUAAGGCUCCCUUACGGCCUACCAUACGGCUUCCACGGCUGCUGGAUUCCAGAGAAUAUAUGA